GAGAAGUUUGGAGCGAAGAGUUAAACUUUCUGUGCAGCGUGGAAGAAGUUUGAUUUCUGCCCCUCUCUCUCUCUCUCUCUCUCUCUCGCUGCAUUGUGCUGGUGUGUCGGUAUUUCGGCAGGGGAGGGAAAUAGCAGCGGCGAGAUUGGAGAGGCGGAAAGCAGCGAUGCAAGCUCGCUACUCAGUCUCGAGUCCCAACUCUCUGGGAGUUGUACCCUACAUCAGCGACCAGAACUAUUACAGGCCGGGACCGGGCUACACGGGGAUGCCGGCGCCGAUGAGCAUGUACUCGCACCCGGCCCACGAGCAGUACGCCGCCGGCGUGGCCAGGUCUUAUGGACACUACACGCCACAGCCUCAGCCCAAGGACAUGGUGAAACCUCCCUACAGUUACAUCGCCCUCAUCACAAUGGCCAUUCAGAACGCCCCCGACAAGAAGAUCACCCUGAACGGGAUCUAUCAGUUCAUUAUGGAGAGAUUCCCCUUCUACCGGGAGAACAAGCAAGGCUGGCAGAACAGCAUCCGCCACAACCUGUCCCUCAACGAGUGUUUUGUCAAAGUGCCCCGCGACGACAAAAAGCCCGGCAAAGGCAGCUACUGGACCCUGGACCCCGACUCCUACAACAUGUUCGAGAACGGCAGCUUCCUCAGGAGGAGGAGGCGUUUCAAAAAGAAGGACGCGGUCCGCGAGAAAGAGGAGAAGGAAAGGCUGAGCAAAGAGCCGCAGCCCAGGCAGUCAGCACAGGAGUCGGAGAAACAUGCCAGCUCCCAGACCAUGAGGAUCCAGGAGAUCAAGACGGAGAACGGGGCCCCUUCCCCUCCCCUGGCGGCUUCUCCCAGCCUGAACAUGGUGCCGAAGAUCGAGAGCCCGGACAGCAGCAGCAUGUCGAGCAGCAGCCCCCACAGUAUCCCAUCCAACCGGUCCAUCAGCUUGGAGAGCCAGGAGCAGCACCCGCAGGCAUUCAGCGUGGAGAAUAUGGUCACCUCUCUCAGGGGCUCGCCUCACACUUCCAGUGAACUCAAUCCGAGCCUGGUGCCCUCCUCCAGGACAGCUAUAACGCCUUCUUUAUCCCUCAGCUACCCCUCCGGCCAGCCUUCCAUCUACAGCUCUUCUUGCAGUCACAACCUGACCUCGGGCAGCAGUGCGGGGACUUACCAUUGCAACAUGAGCCUGUACUCCGGGGAGAGACCCGCUCAGAUGCCGGCCACCGCCAACGCCGUGGACGAGUCUUUACCAGACUAUACCAUCCCCGCCACCACCGCCACUUCCUCCUUAAGCCACGGGCUGAGCAACGGCCAGGAUGGACCUGGGGCAGGGCGCUUGGCAUCUUGGUACCUCAACCAGGCUGGCGACCUGAGUCACCUGGCUUGUAGCGCGUACCCCGGACAGCAGCAGAAUUUCCACACGGUCCGAGAAAUGUUUGAAUCGCAGAGAAUCGGCCUAAGUAACUCCGGCGUCAGUUCCGCACAUGUCAAUGGGAAUAGCAGCUGCCAAGUCUCCUUUCCGCCCGCCCAGACACUUUACCGCACCUCAGGUUCGUUUGUCUAUGACUGCAGCAAGUACUGACACACAAAAAAAAACACGUUUACAAACUAUCAUUUGUUCUUUUACAACAGCCCAUGUUUAUAUAUCUAUUUCAUAUAUGUAUAUAAACAGAAAGCAACCCCCCCCUUUGAAAUUUGGUUAAAAGGACAGUGUUACUCCAAACGAAACGUAAGUCGCUUUUAUUUUGCAAAGAACAGUGGUCUAAAAUAUUACAAAAUUUGUCUCAAAUCUAUUAAAAUUCAUAGCAAGCUGGUUGGGACUUGUCAUAAACUGUAAAUGUCGGAUAGUAAUUUAUUUUAAAUUGUA